AUGAGCUGUGAUAGUAACGAUGAUGAUUUCAAAUUGACGACGGAAUAUAAAUAUCUUUUAUCAAAUAUUCGACCAUUAAUUGAUCAACUAAACAAAACAAAAGAUGCUCAACUUUGUUUAUUAUGGCUUUCUAAAUUGGAACAAUGUGGAAAAUGGGAAAGACAAAGCAGGAAUCAAAUAUUAUCAGAAUUGUGCGAACAAGUUAAAACAAAUAAUUUAAAACCUCCGUUUAGUUCUCCUCCACCGAGUGGACCAUUGCGAAACAUAUUUCUCGGGGAGGAUCAUUCGGAAUGUAUUGCAAUACAAAAAGCUUAUCACGAAAGAGCACAAAGUGAUCAAUUGGUCAUUGAAAAAUAUCAGGAAGUCAUCAAAUCUUUGGUGUCUCAACAAUGUAAGCCCGAAGUUCCUUCGAACAAGUUGAAAAAAUUACAAGCUUCGUACGAGAGUAAAAUCUCGGAUUUAAAUUUAAAUCUUAAAAGCAAACAAUACGAAAAUGAAAGUUUAAAAAAAAAAAUCGACGAAUUAAACGAUAGCCUCGCGAAAUUAAAAAUUCUUCAAAGUGAGAACGAAGUCCUUAAAGAAAAAGUGAAUAAUUUAUCGACAGUUAAAAAUACUCUCGAAGAAAAAUUAAAAGAUUGCGAAGAAGAGAAAAAUUUAAUUUUUGAAGAUUUGAGUAGCAGAUUAAACGAAUCGGAAAAAAAAUUAAAAGAAAAUGAAAAACGUUUCAAAUCGUUGGAAAGACGCUACGAAGAAAAUUAUAAUAAUCGCGAAUCUGAGCUCAAAGCAGAAAAAACGGAGAUAGAAAAAAAAUACACGGCUGAUAUUAUUGCAAUAGAAAAAUUACUUGAAGAAAAAAAUUCUGAAAUAUCCGUUUUAAAAGAAGAAAUGUUAAAUUUAAAUGCUCAUUUCGAAGAAGAAAUUUCUAGGAUAAAACAUGAUUUUUCCGAUAAUUUUAAUAUUAGCAAAAAUAAAGAAAAGAUAAAACUUUUAAAAAGCAAAACACGUAAAUUGGAAAAAGUUAGAGAACGAAUGGCAGUUUUAUUUCAUUCUCAAAUGCAGCAAAUAAUAGCGAAAAAAGAUUUUUACAUAGCAACAUUGGAAAUGCAAUUGAAAAUGUUCACAUCCGAUCUUGAAACGAAUCAAUCGGGAUCAGACGUUCAUACAAAAAUGUUGGAAAAAGUGUCCGCAUUAGAGUCUCAAUAUCGCGAAUUGUUAAAAGAAUCGGAAAAACAAUCGAUUAAAAGGAGGCAAAUGGAUUUGCAGAAAAUUCACAAUUUAGAAAAAAGACUUUUAUUAUGUGGUGGUAGCAUAGAUGAUUCUUACACAUCUUUAAAUUGUUCCAAAACAAAAUCUCUCACUUCUGUAACUGCAUUUGAAAGGAAAAGAUAUUUACUCAUUGCAUUUAACAAAAGGUAA